AUGAGCAUCGCCAUCCGGCUCUGGAGUCUGGCACUGGCCCUGGACGCUCUUCCCUGUGCCUGUCCUUCUCCUGUCUCCCCCCCCUUCUACUCAUCGAUCUUGAUUACAAUCAUUUUCGGGGCCCUUGGAGUCCCUUUCAGUUGCAACAUCAUCCAUAUUCGUAUGCACGAAUACACCAGAAUUGGCAGAUUGGAAGCCAACAGUCGGCUGGCUGGCCGGGAUCAGAUCAAGGCAAACGGGUGGAGAACGGGCAUCGAAUUCUGGCACCGGUCGGACCUGCCUGUUCAGUUUCAGAUGUCCGGAAGCAACGCCAGAAGAUUGCCAAUUGAGCACGGCUUCCGGGAUAAGGUCUGCCGCGAAGAACAAGCCCAGAAUUUCUACCUGCGGUCAUUGUCCGCGGGGCGAGUUAACAAGUUGCGAGUGGAUGAGAUUCCUGACAAGCCCCAUGUUUUCCUUCGGCCCUCAGGGGCCGGGAAAGCCAAUGUGUGA